ACUCAACAUUACUUCAGGUUCGCGAUUACAGGAAGUCACGCUUCAGUUUUUCUCCACGAAAACAUUUUCUGUUAAAUAAUAAGUGGUUGUAGCAUUACAGUAUGGUUGUUUUUGUAUUACAAACUGUUGUUAUGUGCUCAGUGAGCUGGUUAUUCAUAUCGCGGGGUUCCAGGAUGUUGAUAUGGAGCGAGAGAUCUCCUGCGUUUAUCAUCUCUGUGAGAGUCUUGGGCAAACAUGGCGGCGGUGACACCAGUGCGGUGUUCUCUGAGAAUACUGAGACGUCUGCCUCGGGUUGUAUCCCAUCGCCUCCAGCAGUGUCCCAGGCUCCAGGCUCUUGGACCGACCCCUGUAUUUCACAUCUCCACACCCCUCACUUCAGUCCACUGGAGAGGCUUCAGAUGCAGCCAUGUGGCCUCUGGACAGGUGCUGCAGUUCAAACUCUCAGACAUUGGAGAGGGCAUAAUGGAAGUGACCGUAAAAGAGUGGUAUGUCAAAGAAGGGGACAGAGUCUCCCAGUUUGACAGCAUUUGUGAAGUCCAGAGCGACAAAGCAUCUGUCACCAUCACGAGCCGUUAUGACGGCAUCAUCCGUAAACUGUAUUAUGACGUAGAUGCUAUCGCACAUGUUGGUUCACCUCUUGUGGACAUCGAAACGGACAAAGCGCUGGAGGGCGCCCCAGAGGAAGAUGUGGUAGAGACUCCAGCAAUAUCCCAUGAGCAAUCACAUCAGGAAAUCAAGGGCCAAAAAACCCAGGCGACACCAGCGGUGCGCCGUCUGGCCAUGGAGAACAAUAUUAAACUAAGUGAGGUGGUCGGGACAGGAAAAGACGGCCGUAUUUUGAAAGAAGACAUUAUCAAUUUCUUAGCCAAGCAGACAGGAGCUAUCCUCCCGUAUGAAGUCCAGAAAACCCCAUCACCCACUGCAGAUACCCCACCCAAAGAAAAGACGCCCAUCAUGGCUCCUCCGGCGAUCCCGAGACCCGUCUUCACCUGGAAAGACAGGACAGAGCCUCUGAACGGUUUCCAGAAGGCCAUGGCGAAGAGCAUGACUGCUGCUCUGAAGAUUCCUCACUUCGGUUACUGUGAGGAGGUCGACCUGACGCAGCUAGUGCGGUUACGCUCCGAGCUGAAGGACCUGGUGGAGUCUCGCGGUGUCAAACUCAGCUACAUGCCUUUCUUUAUCAAGGCCACGUCACUCGGGCUCUUGCAGUUUCCUGCUCUCAAUGCCUUUGUGGAUGAAGGCUGCCAGAACAUCACAUUCAAGGCGUCUCAUAACAUCGGCUUGGCAAUGGACACUGCUCAGGGCCUCCUGGUGCCCAAUGUGAAGAGCGUUCAGGCCCUCAGUAUUUUUGACAUUGCUGUGGAGCUCAACCGUCUGCAGGCUCUGGGUUCAGCCGGACAGCUGGGCACCGCUGACCUCACUGGAGGAACUUUCACACUCUCCAACAUCGGCUCGAUUGGAGGGACGUAUGCCAAGCCGGUGAUUCUGCCUCCGGAGGUGGCCAUCGGAGCUUUGGGAAAGAUCCAGGUGCUGCCCUGGUUUAACUCCUGUGACGAGGUAGUGAAGGCGUACAUCAUGAAUGUCAGCUGGUCUGCCGAUCAUCGCGUCAUUGACGGCGCCACCAUGUCCCGCUUCUCCAACCUGUGGCGCUCUUACCUGGAGAACCCAGCUUCCAUGGUCCUGGACCUCAAAUGAACACUGCUCUGGAAAUCAGAUCUCGCUGUCUGUUACUUCCUGGAGUGUCUUUAGGUUACUCGUAGCUGCAAAACAGUGUCGUGUCUAUCAUGUGAACACUCACGUUUCUGCUUUCACAUUCAUCUGUGAGGAAAAACAACUAAGUUCUUUCUCUAGUUGCCUUAAUUCAGAUUAAAGACUGUUACUGUAACUUGACAUAGCAAAACACUCAUCGUAUGUUAUUGAAAAUGCUUUUAAGGAGCAGGCGCUGCGCAUUUCAAUUUUUUUCUCUUGCUGUGCAUCAUGCAUGAUCUGAAAUCACCUGUAGGUUUUCUGAUGCCUUGUUUAUAGAGGACGUAGGCUGACACUGACUGGCUCUUGGACACAUCUGUACUGUAGCGUCUCAUUGUCUGCUGACUUUCUCUGAGACUUCAUUCACACAAGCCUCUGUUGAGCUGACAGACGGCCACUUCAUCUAAAACCACUUGUGUGCCAAUGUGUCUGGAUGUCAUUGUGAAGAAAGGACCAUCAUUUAACUGUUAAAAGAACAAAUGGACCACACAUGUAUAGAUAACUAAAAUGUGAGGAGAAUGUGAGGUUUUAUGGCAAGCUG